CCUGGAGAACAAACCAAAGACAAUUCCAAUAAGAAGAAACCGUACGUACGUGGCGGUUGCGCCGUUGCGAUCCAUCUAUCUAUUCUUGUGAUCGAUGGCUCCUCCCGCGCCGCCGGCGAGCGGCGCGCAGCACCAGUUCCCAGACACGGCGCUGCCCUACGCCGAGGACGUCAAGUGGCUCGUCCCCGACCACCUCGCCACGCUCGCCGAGGCCUUCCCCUCGCUCCGCCCCAGGACCGCCCUCUUCACCCACGACGACGGCCGCGCCGCGCGCCUGCUCCAGGCCGCCGGCACCAUCCCGAUCGUCCACGCGGGGGUCUCAUAUGACCUCCCCGCCGUCGUCUGGCUCCCGGAGCGCUACCCGCGGUGCCCGCCCCUCGUGUUCCUCUCGCCGGCCCGCGGCACGGUCCUCAGAACCGACCACCCCCUCGUCGACCGUUCGGGCCUCGUCGCCGCCGCCGCCGCCCCGUACCUCCGCUCCUGGGCGUUCCCGUCCUCCAACCUCCGGGACCUCGUCCGGUCCCUCUCCCACGCCUUCGGCAUCGACCCGCCCCUCCUCCCCGCCGAGGUCGCCUACAGGCGCGAGGCCCUCGCCGCCAUGGCCUGCGCCGACGUGGCCGCCCUGCGCGCCGCGAGCGAGGCCGAGAUGGACGCUCUGUUCGCCGUGCAGGCCGAGCUGCGCGGGCGGGGCAGGGCGGCGGACGGCCUGGUGCGCCGGGCGGGGGAGGAGGUGGACGCGCUGGAGCGCCGGCUGCAGGACGUGACGGUGGCCGCGUACACCCUGGAGGCCUGGGUCGCGGCGAACCGGACGACGGUGGCCGCGCACGGCGACGCGCAGGCGGGGGCGGCAGUUCAGCCCGCGGACGCGCUCUCGGUGCAGAGGCUCGAGUGCGCGGCCAUGGAUCUGGCGCUGGAGGACAGCAUGUACGCGCUGGACGAGGCGGUGCAGCAAGGGGUCGUGCCGUUCAGCGGCUACCUCCGGAGCGUGCGCGCGCUGGCGCGGGAGCAGUUCUUCCAGCGUGCCCUCUGGACCAAACUUUGCUAGGAAGGUUUUUUUUGUCCAUGGAAGCAAACUUCAAGUCUUAUCUUUUUUUUUCCGAGAGUACGCCAAAAGCGUACCUUAUCUUUAUAGAAGGGAGAAAGACAGUUUACAA